UCGAGGCUGCGAGACGUGUAGUGUUUGUUGCACAGUGUGGAGACAUCGACCUCCCUCUGCAGAGGUCCACCCUCUCCAUCCCAUCUCCACCCCCAUCUCCACCACCACAUCGCCAUGGAGAAGCCACGGGGGGAGAAGGAACACAGAAGCUUCAAGAGGAAAAUCAGCCGGGUCUUCCAACGGAGCAAAUCGACCGGAGAGCAAACGGUGGAUCAGAAGGACUCGCAGGCUGGCGGUGGUAGCGGUGGUAGCGGCGGUGGGCACAAGAGGAGAAGCUGGGGUAGCUGGCGACACAAGGACAGCCCCGAGCUCCAGGCGCAGUCCGUGCCUUCUACACCACUGUUGCUCGCAGGGGGCAGGACUCGACACUUCUCGACCGACAGCUUCACAUCUCUCCCAACCAAUGAUUGGUGUCAAUCUGAACGAGUGGCAAGGGCCUAUAAAGAGGUGCACAAGAAUGAUAGAAGAACGGAUGCGACGGAAAGCGCUGAGCUGGAACGCCAGAGUCCCAACAGCCCCAGCAGCCCCAACAGCCCAACUGGGAAAUUUAGCAAGUUUCAAAAUAUUCGUUCACCAAGCUCGGGAAAGGCAGAAGAGGGCAAAAGGAACCAAGUUCUGGAUUAUUUGGGAGGUAUUUUUGGUUCUGGCAGGAAAAAGGCUGCCAAGCAAUUGCCCGCAGAGCCUUCAAGUUGUGUCGAGGAAUCCCCUGCAGGAUCCAAGGACUUGAGCUCUUCUGCACGGGACGCGGCGAGCGAGCUCUUGAGCGGUGCGUCGGGAGCGUUGGCCGGUAAGGAGGAUACCUCAUUAACUCCUGUCUGCGUUGUUGCAAGCGUGCCAUCUGAUGACAGAAGUGCGAAGGAGCACGAGGCUAUCGAGUUCAUCGACGCGUCUGGUGAUGAGAACACGUCCUGCGACCCCCGGCCACUAAAAGACGGCGUGUUUGUGGGGUGCGACCGGCUAAGAGAAGGCCAGUAUGUCUGCGAGAGCCAUGACCAGUGCGUGGACAUCCCACCCAUAAAGGAAUGGGUCUUGCCCGUGUCUGAGACCGUGAGGGUCGAGCAUAUAUCCAGGCCCGCCGUGCUCGACGUCAGCCAUCCGAAAACCAAGGCCAACACCAAAUUGUCCGAAGCGUCCGUCUCCCUGCCCGUUAACCGUAUCGGCGUGGAGCUGAAGCCUCAGGGCAAACCGCGGGAAAGCGAUCAAACCGAACGGUCGAAGCUGCCCACGUUCCGCGCCUUUAGGAGGGAAAUCCAAAUUCUCAGCGCACCCGAAAAAACAUCUCUUACAACACCGGACUUGGUGAAGCAACAAAGUCCAUCGAAGAAAGUCCAUCUUUCAGAUACCACCAGGAAUAGUGCGCUAGGGACCGGAAUUGCUCGCAACACGCACGUCGCUGAAGGUACAACAAACCUACUCAAAGUUAACCCGCACCCGACGGUCAACGCAUCACGACAAAAGCUGAAUGGUUUAGUGGAACAGGACUCCAACGCCGUCACUGGUCCUCGCCCCGAUUUAGGAAAUUCGAAGAGCACGGUGGAACGGUCGGAUUUGUUUUUGGGUUUGAGGGUUAAUUCGAAUUCCUCGACGGCGGUGUCUUACGAAAUGGAGAAGAGGUCACCCACGGAUAGCAAAAGGAGCGGCAAAAAGGGGAAGAAGCGGCGGUCUCUGAAAUCGGACCAAUGCGGGCAGAACGCGGAGACUCGCGACGUUGAGGAAGAGUUGAAAGAAAAUGAUUCUGGAGCGGGCGAGGCGAGUGUCGCGGUGGGUUCCCCUGAAGCCCUGUCGCCAAAGCCGGUCACCUCUCCACUGACCCAGCACAAAAUAUUUCCAAAAUCGGUUCCGCCCGUCGAGAAAUCCACGCCGGGCGUCUCAAAACCGUUUGCGUCGCGGAAGAAGUCUUCGCAAAGAGCGUCUCUCGGCGCAACCCUAGACGGUGAAAUGGAUUCCGCAUUUAAAGGUUUUUCAGAAAAGGCGUUGCGUGCCGAGCCCCGGUAUGGCAGCUGGGAAAAUUUAACGUCUGCCCAGAGGACUGGUCAAGGAGUUGAGCGAAUUAGCCAGAGUGUACAGGGAGCUGCGGGUGAUUCUGCAAACAAUGAGGCUUUCAGUCCUUCUGUACCAAGUGCGAACACUGACAGGCCGGGGGGGAGUGCGGCCACUUUGGGCUGUGCAAGUCCGAACAGUGAUGUCGAAGCAGUUAGUCUCGUGUCUAAUCAGCGCGACGUGGUCACACGGGAAUCUGGUGCCGAUUCUCAACGGGCGAAGACUCGGAACGUAAACAGCCCCAAAGGAAAAAGUGUCGGCAAGAAUGUGAUCACUUCAGAACUACGCUCCACUGUGACGACAAGAAUAAGACUGCCAUCCAUUGAAAAGAAAGGAGAAUCCGAUGCCGAGACCGACUUUUCGAACGAGACUGAAAUCACUACCGAGGAGGAAGAGACCAUUCGAGUGCUGCUGCCUAAAAAAAUGAGUGCGACCAGUCACCACCAAGUCGACUUCUUCACCACCAAGGACCUGCCUUUGGGCUCAAACGUGAAUCAGACGUGUGUUGGAAGUAUAAAGAUUCAAUUACAAAACAAAGCGACCAGCCGUGCAGACGAUAAUAUAACCGUGACUGGUAAGAGGCAGCCAGACGCUGCCCAGGAUGUCGCGGCAGCUCCUGGUGCCAUCGCAGACUCUGGACAUAAGACGGACGAGGUGUACCAAGUGAAAGCUGACCGCACGAAGCGCGUUCCCGCCGAAGAGCAUGGAGACGCGGGCGCAAAGACCGCCAGUGCCCCAGUUGAACGCCUGUCUUUGGAAACCCUCGCUGGUAUGGACGCUGGCAAAUCGCACGGGGCAGGCUCGACCGAGACGGCAUCUUCAGCAUUGUGCAAAGGCGGUGAGGAGAUAACCCCGUCAUCUCCCAAGGGCGCGCCACCUCCUGACGUGACUUUACCCGGAGUUGAGCCGGGUGUCGCCUCGAGAAGUAUUGAUGGGACCGCGCCUACUCCUGUCCCAGCUGUGCCCGUGACUGGAGCUAAAAUACAAAGUGAAGACAAGGUCACAUUGUUCACAGCAGUGCUGGUGUCUGUAGACCAAGCAGACUCUGCAAAGAGUGUCAGUAAAACCACGGCAGUUGAAGUGGAUUCUGAGCUUGAUCAGCAGAAUACAGCCAGAGGAGGAAUUCAAGUUGGUGCAAUUAAAGACACGGUGUUACCUCAGAAAGGGAAAACGUCCGCAACUGUAUCGUCCGAUAAAGAGGAGGAUGCAAACCAUCUUCCCCAAAGAGGGAGGUCAAGUGAUGUGAUGGCCAAGGGUGGAACAUCUGAACAGCAAAGUCCACCGAUGGAGGAUGUCUCCAAAGCCGUGUCUAAGACUGAGGAGAAAAGCCCCACGAGGAUUGAUGACAAGAAGUCCAUUGUUGCCGCAGACGGUACAGGAGGCAGGCUUGGUCAGGGGACUUCACCAGAGUUGCCAACUAGUGACUGCCAAGCACAGAGCUCACCUCCCCAGCCCCAACAAAUGAUUGAGAGUGCUCGACCUGAAAUAAAAGCAGAGGCGGAUGCCGAUCGUGUCAACGGGCAGUUGAAAGACCGAGAGCCUUCAUCCGCUGAAGGUGCCUCGACCGCACAUGUUGGUCCACCCCGCACGCAAGCAGGAAAAGUGGAGGUGACCGAUGGAUCGAUAUCACGCCUUGAAGUGUCUCCGCCCGAGAAAGAGGGUGCAAAGCGUUUGAGUGACCAAAAGUCGGGUGGACCGACGGGUGAUGCUGCCCGACCUGUGCAAGCGGAGCCGAUGAACACGGGACCCAAGGAGAGAGAAACCAGCCUUGUCUCGUCUUUGUGUGCACGCGCACCUGAGAUUGAUGCUGAUGUCUGUGGAAAUGUGGUUCGUGACACUGAGUCAGGACCUAAUGAGGCAGCUACAGGACCUGCCCUGCCUGUAGAGCAAGGCAUGUCAGCCCUCCGAAACGACGCCUCUGGAAGCGAAGCGAAGCCGCCACUCCCAAAUCUGCAGCCGUCUCCGACUGCGGAGGCCGUGAUUGGAAAUGAAGUGCCUGCAGAACACACGGAUGAGCACAUUGAUAGCGUUGAGACAACGAAGGUUCCCCCUGGACCUGCACAGACUUGUGAAGAACGCACAGCUGCAGCGUCUGAAAUGGCACGGCACGCCACUGGAGACGGUGUUGUGGAGCAUCAGGACUCCUUGGUCACUCCAGCGACCGAUGGCCCUGCACCCGUGGUGCCGAAUUCACCGGAGGCGCAGCCUGGAAAGACGGUGAUGCAGGAGAGACCUCCUCCGUCGGAAGAAAGGUCUGAAGGGCAGAGUGAGGCGCGGGCACACUGUUUAGACGAGCAAAAAUCCGACCCGGGUGCGCCAACAAGGGACACCGUUCCAGCCGCACCGAUGAACUCUGAGGAAGCAAAUGGCUUUCCGCCCGUGUGCGAGCAAGCAACUAGAAGGGAGACUGAUACCUCAGCAAAUGUUGUUCGUGGCACUGAGUCGGGUUCCAGCGGGGUAACAGUAGAGGUGCCGCUGCCUACCCAGCAGGUCACGCCCACACCGCAAAAUAACCAGUCUGACUUUAAAGAAACGACAACAUUUCAAAAUGCGCAGGGUCUCGAAACGUUUGCAGCUGAAAUGAGUAAGAAAGUGACGAUGGAGCAAACUGGCGACUGCGAAGUGAAGAAUGCAACUGGGGAGCAGAGGCCAACGUUCACGAGCACGGCCCUGCAAGAGGGCACAGAGUCCAACGGUGUUGCCGCGCAGCGGAAAACCUCGGCAGGAGCCACCGCUGAAGGUGCCUUGCCUGGAGAGUUGGAUUCUUCACUGACAAGCCAAGGGGAAAAUGAAGUGUGGACCACACCUCCUCUGAGCAUAGGAGGAGUGUCAAAUGUGUCCACCAGUGCUGAUCUGGACCCACAAGGGGCAGUCACAUUCCCACUUGGAGACAGUGAGGCUGUUUGUUUACAGGCAUCUACUGCAGUAGACCCUGGAGUUGGGAAAGAUGUCCCUGCAGAUGGUUGCGUUGCCACGGAAUUGGGCUCCACUGAGACCCGAGGAUCUCCUGUCCAUUCACCAGAGACGAGCUCAUCUGGACUGGAAAGCGGAGGUUUGGAUACAAAUAAGACUGCCCCUUCGCAGAGCGCGCGACUAUCUGAAGCUGCCGAACUGGCCCUGAGCGAUGGUUCUUCCAGGGGGGCUUCCUUGGAGCAACGUGGUGGUGGUGGCGGUGGUUCAGAGGAGACAACGCCCGAGUUUGCCUCGCCCCUCUUGUCCAGCACACCUAGAGUCCAACAUCGGGAGACUGAACCGGAGAGUACGAUGCCAACUUUCAGCUUGGGGGCAAGGUCGAGGGACUCGCCCACCAAAGGUUCCGCAGUUGAACAAAGGACAGAGACGGGGGCACCGACAAGUGAAGACUGUUUAUCGGCGCAAAAAGCGUUGGAACCGCGACCAGGUAAAGUCAUAGUAAAUGACACUUUUGUCGAUGAUGCGUUUACGAAUAAGUUAAUUGCCGGCCUGGAUUCCACAGCGGAUCACUUUGCGGGGGCUCUGGAACCGACGGGCUUCAGCUUCCAGCCAGAAAGUGAAAUGUCCGCUUCGUUAAACGGGGGGCGCAGCUUGGACAGUUCUUCCGACAUGGACAGCUUUACGGAGACGAUACGCCGCUACGGCAGCCCCAUUCCCCUGCCGGAUAAGAGGCAGCGCCUUCCCAAGGUGCCGCUGACACCGCCGUUUGCCAUGCCUCCAAUACAGGAGAAUCAGAUGUCGCCGAAAAAGUUUGACCCAAGCACGUUCACCUUCGGCUUGAAGAGAAGCGGUUCCCGCACAGGGGACGGGCCGACCGCCCUCCUGAAAAUGCAGCAAACUGAAACCAGGUCCAAAGUAGUCAAGCGGAUAUCGGCCGAGAAUAGUUUGCUGUUCAACUCUCUCAACAGCAGAAAGCCCCAGUUCCGAAAGCACGAUCCCGUCCGCGACGACCUUGCCCCCGCAUCCGACAGCAAGCGAUCGCGUUUGGAGACGGGAAAGGCCCUUGACCAAUCGUCCAAGCUGCCGGAGGAACCUGCGGGGAAAUCCGACCAUCUCCCGCCGCCAACACUGGAAAAUGACAUCGCUGACGGAUCCGCACUUGACUUGUCGAAUCCAACCUCUGCACAGGACCAGUUGCCGGAGAGCGCGGAACAUUUUUCGCUAUCCAAUGCCGCCAACGACGAAACGGAUCUUGUGUCGGAGAAACACUCGGAAAAUGGGCUAACCAUCCCGAAUCUGAAACCGAACAUCUUGGAGAUUGAUACGAAUUUUGGGGCUACCGUGGACACUAAUUCGUUGGCCAAUGGGCCUUCGAUCCAGGGACUGGAUUCUCUGCACAGCGACCAAAGUUUCCCUAGCUUCUUCAGUACUGAUUUCUCUCCUGGAUCUUUGUUGCCUGAACUUCCAGAAGUUGGGAUACCAGAAAAUGAACCUUUAAGAUUAAAUUCCAGACCUGGAAAGAUUGUCAUUUAUACUCAGCCCGGACUUAAUGGAGACACUUUUGAAUUCUUUCAUGACGUUCAGGAUGCUACAUCUUUGAAUCUGCCCUCUGAAAUUACCAUUCGAAUAGUAAGAGGCUGUUGGCUGCUUUAUGAAAAACCAAACUAUGAAGGGAGCAAGGUUGUGUUGGAGGAAGGCAUCAUGGAGAUGACAGAUAUUUGGGGAAAGAAUGUGAAUGAAGACAAUACUGAUGCUAUAUCUCCACCCACCUCCAAUUCAUCGGUUGGAUCAAUACAAAGAAUAGUUAAGGGAUGGUGUUUGCCUGAAAUAGAUUUAUGUACAGAGUUAGAUGGUUUGGGAAGAAAAACAACAUAUUAUGAUGAAAUGGAAGAAAUACAGACAUACGGGAUUCUGGACCCAACAUUAUCUCUUGAAGUAUUUUCGGGCAGUUGGCUGCUCUUUGAGGAACCCUUCCAUCAAGGGAACUCGUACUUUGUGGACGUCGGUCAGUAUCCCUGCCCGGAUUCUUGGGGAGCACUGGAUCCGUACAUCGGCUCGCUAAAACCAUUAAAAAUGGGUGCAAUGAAAGUAGAAAUCCUUCAUGAACAUAAGGUUAUUAUAUACGAGAAGCCUUUAUUCAAAGGUGAACAGCUGGAAAUUCAAACGGACGUGUUCAGCUUCACGGGGGAAGAUGAAACAUCUGCUUUGUGUCGCAAUUUCCCAUUCUCAAAUGUUGGAUCAAUGAAAGUUUUCGGAGGAUUCUGGGUUGGUUAUGAGAAGCCGGAUUUUCGAGGGCAUCAGUACGCACUUGAGGAAGGAGAGUAUCGGGCGUGGGAUGAAUGGGGAGGAUACAAUGGGCAGCUUCAGUCUCUGCGUUUCAUCCAAGUUGAUUUGUCAAAUCCAGUGAUGAUUAUGUACAACGAACCAAACUUUUAUGAAAAAGCUGGAAACAUUGAGGUACUGGGGCCGGUUCCAAUCAUGGAAGAGACUGUUCAUGGAUCGAGGACAAUGUCUAUAAAUGUUGUCAGUGGAACCUGGGUUGCGUACGAGAAUACAGAUUUCACGGGCGAACAGUACAUUCUGGAGAAGGGGCUGUACAGCACCUUUGAAGACUGGGGUGCAACGAAUUGGACCAUCGCUUCGAUUCAACCUGUUCUAGUGGAUACAAUGGAUCAUGAACUGUCUAAAAUCAAGGUGAGCUUGUUUUCUGAGCCAGAACUUCAAGGCAGUGUACAAAUUAUCGACAUGGACACAGUCCAUUUUCCCGAUGGAUUUUCACCCAAGUCCUUUGAAGUUCUCGCUGGCAGUUGGGUGGCUUACAGUGCAGAGAAUUUCACUGGUAACCAAUACAUUCUUGAGGAAGGAACGUGGCCUGACUUGACAGCCAUCGGAUGUACAGCUGAUGCGUGUAUCAAAUCCGUUAGGGCAGUAAACCUUUGUUUCUCCACGCCAGGUAUAACACUCUUUGCACGAGAGAAUUUUGAAGGAAAGCGAGUUGAGGUGGUUUCCGGACUACUGAACCUGAAGCAGGAAGGAUAUGAUACUCGUGUUCUGUCAGUCAAAGUCAAUGGUGGAACAUGGGUGGCGUAUGAGUGCAGUAACUACAGAGGCCGACAGUUUUUACUACAGCCCAGUCAGAUACCCAACUGGCAUCAACAAACUGGAUGGCACAGAAUUGGGUCUUUGCGUCCCCUGGUUCAGAGGCGAGUAUACUUCAGGGCACGAAAUCGAGCCAGCGGAGCAUAUUUGACGUUGACUGGGGAACUCAGUGAUAUAAAGAUGAUUCGAACACAGGCUCUAGAGGGCACAGGAAUGGAUGAUCAAAUCUGGUUCUACCAGGAUGGCUACAUCAAAAGCAAGAUAGCAGAAGAUUGCUGCCUGGAUACAGCCAGCAGCUUGAUCGGUGCUGGUUCCAGGCUGGGCGUUUCAGUACUCCACAGUAAAGAGAUUAAUAUCUGGAGUAUCAGUUCAGACGGAGUCAUAUGGAGCAGUGCUAGGACUGGGCUGGUUAUUGAUAUCAAAGGGGGUCAGCAUUAUGACAAGGAUCAAGCUAUUCUCAGCGAAUUUGAUGAGGUUCGGCUAACACAGAGAUGGGACCUGGAUAUCCUUUGAUUCUUUCACAGCAGACACAUUAAUGGGAAAACCCUGCAGCACUUUCUAAAUGUUAUUGCCGAAGCUGUCUACUAUCAGUACACUGUUACACACUGUCAAAUACACUCAAUACACAAUACUGGAAUCCAAUGUAUGUUCAUUUCUUAUUAACCACUGCCAUCUGCUUUGUCUAACAUUAUAACGUAAAGAUAAAAUAACAUCUGCAGUUCAUGUAUCUCAACAUUAUCAUCUUUACCGUUCUUGUGUGUGCCCAUGUUUUUAUGUUUAACUGAGGAAAUCUCAUACCUGCUGCAAAAAAAAAAAUGCUUUUGAAAUAUAUUUUUAAAUACUAUUUAUAAUUGACUAACACUGCAAAUCUGUUUCAGGAAACGGGUAAAAUGGCAUCUCAUGCAACUUUAGGAGGUGCAUUAGGACGGAGCUAUAUUUUUGCAUGAUUUACUACUGACACAUUGAUUCUCUGUCAAGGUAUUGAUGAUGGUGGAGAGUCACAACAGUUUCUGAGUGUCUGUGCGUUGAAUGCUUGUGUUGUCGCUUGCUGCUGCACUGAGUUAGCCUGUUCAACUCAUUACAAAGUCCAGGUUUAGACACAAAGUGCUGGAGUAACUCAGCGGGUCAGGCAGCACCUCUGGAGAAAAUGUAUGGGUGAUGUUUCAUGUCUGUACUCUUCUUCGGACAGUUUGUGGAUUUGAAUCGUUCUGAAGAGGCAUCGUGACCUGAAACAUCACCUAUCCAUUUACACCAGAGAUGCUGCCUGACCUGCUGAGUUACUGCAGCUUUGUGUCUAUCUUUUGUACACACCAGUAUCUGCUGUUCCUUCUUAGCACAACAUUCAGUGUAUCUUUCUUGGCAAGUGAGAUGGAUAUCAGACUUCCUCUUAAAUAAAAAAUGGACCUACUCUUGUGUCUCUGGGUUUAUUUGGAUCCACCAGUUUAAAUUAACUUUCACAUUUUAAGAACUAUUUUUGAUAUGACUGGCUCCUAGCGAUUACUUUUGUUCUGUAGACCGAAUUCUGAGUUUGGGCUCUAUUUUAAAUCUAGCACAAUUGAUUAUUUGCACUGAUCGCCUGUUCUACACUCGGUAUGAUUGUUUUAGUAAUUCAUUAAUACGCAGACUUUAAGUAAAACUCACACACAUCACCUGACAGCUGAGGAUGAUGAUUUCUCAUGUUGAUCAUAAGGAACUGGUAUAGAAUUAGGCCAUUCGGCCCAUCAAGUCCACUCUGCCAUUCAAUCAUGGUUGAUCCAUCUCUCCCUCCUAACCCCAUUCUCCUGCCUUCUCUCCAUAACCCCUGACUCCCGCACUAAUUAAGAAUCUAUCUCUGCCUUAAAAAUAUCCAUUAACUUGGCCUCCACAGCCUUCCGUGGCAUAGAAUUCCACCCUCUGACCAAAGAAAUUUCUCCUUACCUCCUUCCUAGAGGAACGUCCUUUCAUUCUGGUGGCUUUUGCAACACAUUGAGACUUCUUACUGGCAGGCCCAGCGAUUCUUCUUCAUUUACCGAGGCAGUGGUUGUGUAAAUACCAGUAUUGUUUGAUGAACUGCAUCAAGCAUUGCCAUAAACAGUUUGCAAGGUUUAUAACUCUUUUAAUCAAUCACGCAUUGUUUUUGUACCUCUCUUUUUUUAAACUAUAACGGGGACGGUUUGGGCGUUAUAUCAAUGUAGUCGUGUUAUCUUCAGCAUUUGAUUUGAUAUUCUAUUUGUGUUAUCCUCUGCCUCAUUUGUCAUGUGAACCUCCUGUAACACCAAUGUGACCUAAACUUCGAUGAAUUCUACUGUAAAACAUUAUUUACAGUUGUUUUGGUACCUGAAAAGUGGACGUAUUAUCUUACGUGGAAUCUGGUAACCAGCAGCAGCAACGGUACGACUGUAUUUGCUAAUGUUUUGAACUGUUUUAUGCAAAUUCUCAUAAAAAUAAAGUUUAGAAUUUGA